AUGAUAGACCAUCCAAAUGUUGUCAAGUUAGUUGAAGUCUUGGGAAAUAACACUAAAAUUUUUAUUGUCUUAGAGUUAAUAAACGGUGGUGACUUAUUCGACAAAAUUAAGGAAUAGACAACUGGCUUAUCAGAGCAGUAAACCAGGGAGUAUUUUAAGUAAAUUUUAAGCGCAGUAGAAUAUUGCCACAAGAUGAGUGUGUUCCAUCGAGAUCUCAAACCUGAAAAUAUUCUUGUUGAUGAUAAUAAUCAACUAAAAAUCUCCGAUUUUGGACUAUCUUCCUUUAACCCAAAGACAACCUACCCUAACUUAAGUAAUACCACUUGUGGAACCUUGUCAUAUAUUUCUCCAGAAAUACUGAAGAAUGAGCCUUACGAUGCUAAAUUCACUGAUAUUUGGAGCUUAGGAGUCAUUUUGUAUUACAUGCUUGUCGGAAAGCUACCAUUUGACAGCAAGGACAUGAAAAAGUAACUAGAGAAAAUUAUAAUCGGAGAUUUCAUCUUCCCUGCAACAGUUCAUGGAAAACCAGCAAAAAAAGUUACUAAGCAUGCCAAAACCCUCAUUCAAGCCAUUCUGAACCCAAAUCCAAGGAAGAGACCAAGCCUCUAAUCUAUCAUGAGAUCAAAAUGGAUAAUGGAAGCGAAUGAAUCCUCUUCAGAAGAUGAAUUUAAUGAAAGUAAUUAAAUAAAUUCUUUGGAACUAAGGCUUGUCAAGUAAGGUGGAGAAGAUUCUAAAGUUUAAGAGGUUGUACCGAACAGCCUUCUCGUUCCUUAAAAAAGUUUCCUGCAUAAACAUUCCUUGAAGAAAGGGAUAGUCUAAGCUACUUAGUAUUCAUCAAGAAACUUAUAUUAGAAUGCUUCCUAACAAAAAGGAACACCAUCUCCAAGAUCAAUACUCCUAUCAGACAAGGACAAAUUGAAAUGA